GAAAUGUUGGCCGGCAUCAACGAGUUCAUCAGCAACCUCACCGCACUCCCGUCCUGCGUCUGGGAUCCCAGCACGCGCAUCGAGCCCCCGGCGAAGAUCCCUUCCCAGGACUUCCGGAGGUCGACCAAGAAGGCGCUGGAGGAGAAUCAGAAGCUCGUGGAGGAGGCCAUCGCUGGACACGACGAUGAAGACCCCCAGCUCAAGAGAACGGGGAGG